GGGUAAGAGGCACAAGGCUCCUCCCUGAGAGUUUGUGAAAACAUUCCAGCAAAGUGAGAGCGGUCAAAGAAUUGGAAACUCUCAGAGCGGCCUCUUACUCUCUCUAUCUCUCUGCACAUGUAGUUACACUGUACACAAGUGUUUAUAGGUUGUGUGAAGUCUUGCGGGGGGGAACACAUCAAAGAGGGAAACCUGAAGAAUCCUCUAAAACCUGGACAGACAAAGAAACCUCAGCUGUCCCAUUGAUCGGCUCACAAUGAAGCCGGUGUUAGUCCUCCUUGUUUCCACUGCCUGGACCUUUACUGGAGCCCAGUAUUACUACCAGGGGCUGAUGGAUUAUCUGGAGAACAGGUUGUUGGCUAUUGAGGAUCGAAUUCAGUUUUGGCAUGACCAAUCCCAUCGCUACCACACAGAGCUGCAGGAUUUUAAAAAGCUAACUGCUGAGGCCAUGGACGGCCUGAAGAACGAGCACAGCUUGCUGUUCAAAGACCUUGAAGGAGCUGCUGUCAAAGUGGACCGGGUGGAGCGAGAGAUGGACUAUGUGGAGACUCAGACUUCCCCUCGGGCCUGUGCGAAUAAGGCAGAGAAGGUAGUGGAGCAGGGAGCCUGGGGGCUGGAGGAGAGCAGAGGAGAGGAAGAGGAGGAAGACUGGGAGGAGCUGUACUCCAGAGUCUCUGACUGUGUGGAAAUCAUCUCUAGCAUCAGAUCAGUGAAGAUCCUGAAGCGAGUGGGCAGUCCCAAGGGCAUGUGGACCAGGGACCCCAGGUCGUCCAAGGUUUACGUCUUUAAUGGGACAUCCGGAGAAAGCAUCUACCAGUUCAACUCUGUACGUGACUUUUCCCGCUCUCCUGGUGUCACUAGCAGCAGACAGAUCAGGCUUCCCUCUGAGUGGAGCGGUCCUGGCAGCGCUGUUUAUAACGGCUAUUUGUACUACAUACAGCAGGAGGCCGAUACAGACGUGCAGGUGGUUAAAUAUGACCUGCUGAGUGGCUCGGUGACAGACAUUGCCAUGUUCCCUGUGGAGAGCCAAGCUACUGUUUACAACCUCAACCCAGAAACUGUUGCGGACCUCGCAGCAGACGACGAGGGCCUGUGGCUCCUGUACGCUACCAGCGACAGCGAACCAAACAUCCACCUCGCACAGAUGGACCCUGCCACGCUCGACAUAGAGCAAAUCUGGGACACCCGCUGCCCACGGGAGAACGCGGAGGCGGCUUUUGUAGUCUGUGGGACUGUCUAUGUCGUUUACAACACCCGCCUGGCCAGCCGGUCUCGGGUUCAGUGCGUGUUUGACGUCAACGACAUGGUGGUCAGCGAGGAGGCUCCCCUGCUCUACUUUCCAAGGAGAUAUGGAUCUCACGCUAGUCUGAAAUACAACCCUGAGGAGAAACAGCUCUAUGGCUGGGACGAUGGCUACCAAAUCAUCUACAGACUGACCAUGAAGAGGAAACUCCUGGUCUGACAGCAGGGAAGGGGUGUCAUGUUUUCAAAGGAAAGGAUGAAAACUAGGAGCAGUAAAUUUGUUCCCGCUAUGUCUCUCAGUAGCCUGCAGGCUUUUCAUUCAUGGUAGAUUUAAUACACAUCACACAUUUUUAUGCUAAUUAAAUAGCUUUUGAACUAUUAUUUAUUAAUUUGUUCCCUUUCUUACAUGUGUAAUAUAACAAAACACAACGAAACAAAGAUAAAAAACAUGAAAAUGUCA